UGCAAUGGGCGUGGACUGGCGGAGUGGGCGGGACUUCCGCUUUACGCUGCGCCCAGCGGCCGUUUGUUUACCUGGGUCAACUUGUAAUGAUAAGCAGCAAACCACGAUGGGUGGCUGUUUCACAGAGUUGGGUGCCUUGGUGGGCGCUGUGGCUCUUCUCCUGCUGCCUGGCUGUAGCCCAGAAGAACUAAGCAAGCUCCUGUUGGUGUCUUUUGACGGCUUUCGCUGGGACUACCUCCACAGGGUGCCCACGCCCAAUUUCGACGCCCUGAUCAAGGAUGGCGUUCAGGUGGAGCGAGUGGAGAACGUGUUUGUAACAAAGACCUUCCCAAACCACUACACCAUGAUCACCGGCCUUUAUGCAGAGAGUCAUGGCAUUGUAGCCAAUGAAAUGUUUGAUCCCAACCUCAAUCUGACCUUCUCUAUGGACAAGAUGGAAAUAUAUGAUUCCAGGUGGUGGGAUGAGGCAGUGCCCCUUUGGGUAACCAAUCAGAUAGCGGGACAUAGAAGUGGAGCAGUGAUGUGGCCAGGAUCUGAUGUCAAAAUCCAUGGGACCUACCCAACGUACUACCAGAUGUACAAUGCAUCAAUGCCAUUUCAGGCAAGGGUCCAGAGGCUCAUUGAUUGGUUUAAGAAUGAGGAAGCAAUCAAUUUUGGCGUCCUAUACUGGGAGGAACCCGAUGAGAGUGGCCAUUUGCUGGGGCCAGAAAAUCCUCUGAUGGACGUGGUGAUAGCAGACAUUGAUAACAAACUUGGUGUUUUAGUGGAGCAGCUGAGGGAUGCGGGGUUAUUUGACCAGCUGAACCUCAUCAUCACGAGUGAUCAUGGAAUGACGGAGUUAUCGACAGAGAGGAUUAUUGCACUUGAUGAUUAUAUAGAUGGAAACUUGUACAGCUGGAUUGAUAAGAGUCCUGUAGCUGGCAUUUUGCCCAAGGAAGGCAAAUUUGAUGAAGUCUACAGCACCCUUGUCAGUGCCAGCUCUAACAUGAUUGUGUACAAGAAAGACGACAUUCUAGAUCGUUUUGGCUAUAAGCAUAAUGACAGGAUAAUGCCCAUAAUUAUUGAGGCUAAGGAAGGGUGGACAAUCGUGCAAAACAAAAAUGGAUCAUUUGUGGCAGGUAACCACGGUUAUGACAACACGUUGCUAAGUAUGCAGCCAAUAUUCGUGGCCCACGGCCCUGCCUUCCGUCAGGGUUAUGCUAAAAGAUCCAUGCGCUCUGUGGAUCUUUAUCCACUCAUGUGCUCUAUCCUUGGGAUCCAACCUUCUCCCAACAAUGGCUCCCUGGACAACGUGGAAGACCUGCUGAAGCAGACUCCGCCUUCACAACCAGCUCCCCACGUUCGGCAGGUCAGCGAGCCUGCCUACGCUUGGAUCCUGGGCUCCUUCCUUGGUAUUACACUAGUUGUGGGCUUCCUUAUCAUUUUUGUUAAGCAGGUAACGCUACGGCAACUUCCCAUAGUCCCAUACACAAGCCUUCAUAUUACACAGCCUUUGCUUCAGGAAGAACUGCAGAUCGAAUAGACGUGUUUAGUGUACCUGACGUUCUGAGUGUUCUUAUUCCUCAUGUUUCAGUUUUGUAUUGUGGAAUGAGAGGCCAAAAUGUAACAUUGCUUGUCUAGUUCUUAGCUGGUUAAAAAGUUUCACUGGGGAAAUUGCAUUAUGGAGUUACAAUGUCUUGACAGGAUUUUUCGCAUUAAGUAGCUGUGAAGAGCCUUUAUCACUUGGACUAGCUACUCUAUAGCUGAAUACGAGGUUUCACUGAGAUAUGCUGCUUGGAAAAACACUGCGUUGAGCUGAGGAUAAAACUUAGCAUUGAUACUUACCUUCAAGGCUCCUUUACCUGACUGAGAACAUCCCAUAAAUUGCCUCUGUCACACCCCUAGGUAAAACUUCCAAGCUUCUCAGGGCACCAUACCUUAAGGGGCACCAUACCUUAAGGGGCACCAUACCUUCCGGACAAUAAAUCUGGAUUUUUGUUCGAACUGCAAAGAAAAGUAAUAUUAUGAGACCAGGAGACAAAAAAGUGAAAAAGAAAGUGAGACAGGAGAUGAACAAUGAAUGUGAACCUGACAUUGACAGAUUUACAAGCUAGAUUGAAAUAUUCAAUAUAUUCUUGUGCUGGAUGUGUCAGAAGCUGUUGGCUAUCUUUAGUUACUUUUAUUGUGAAAUACUGAUACUUAUAAGCCACUAGAUGACGAACGAGGUGAAUGAUUCCCGUCUGCCUUGUUAUGGAUAGCCAGUCACAUAAGUGCAUGUAGAAGAGGUGGACAGUCUGGCCAUAACAUAUAGCAAGAAUGCCUUUAUAUGUAAUGCAUACAGUAAAGGUCUGAUGGGCCUUCAAACUGGGAUUUUGUUAAGAUUGGGUGGUAUCUGUCUUUUCCAUACCAUCAUAUAUUUCAGACACUCUUGCAGUAUGGGGUAUUUUAACGGCAUACUCUAAAGCAACGCAAUUCCGGUACAUGAGAAGUCGUGGCAAUAGAUUUCUUGGGGCCCCAUGAAAACAAUUUGACCCCCACCGCCCACACUCAAUGUAUUCCACCAACCAAGACUUCCAGUAUAUUGCAGUGUACCAUAUUGUCACAAUACUGCUCAAACUGAAAUUUAGUGCCAAGUGGACACUAGGUAACCGCUAUUCAGCAGUAGGUGACGCCCUGUGUCAUGCUAUGAGAAGUCGUGCCCUAAGGUUUAAGAUAUAAUGUAAGGUAUAACUUGAUGUAUUCUUAUCACACCUUUUUAUAAGGUAGGUCUCAGAUUUGCAUAUUCUAAUAUCACACAAUUUUAGAAGGAAUAUAAAGAAAAAAUAAAUAAUUGAUAUUAAUAGGUUUUUCAUCUUGAAAUUAGUGAGCUGGCACUGUAGUUCUCAUGCUAAUUUAAAUCGAUGUUAUGGGUGGCCUGUCAGGACUGCUCUGAUUUUACAUGGUGCAAAGUGGAUGUAAUACUUUUGACACUUACAAAAUUAAUUUGAAUAGCAGUGAACUGCUCAUCAUUAAUGUGAAAACAAAAAAACAAUGAUUAUGCAGUGUAAACAGUAGAAGCAACCUCAACAUUUAAUUGCAAUUAUUGUUACCCCUAAAACGUACAUGGAAUAUUUUAGGAUUAAAGAAACAAAAAUGUCUUUCUGAUAUCGUCUAUAUGUGUCUAAAUUCCUUCUGUUUUUGAUAAAAGAUAUGCAUUUGGCAGGGUUAAUGUGAAACUGAUUUGCUGGAUCCAAAAGUCCUCUGAUGCAUGCGGUGAUAACAAACAUUGAUAACUCUCUGUUGAUUUUGCGUGUCUGUAACCUGUUUUUUUUUUCUUCAUUGUAAUGACUUUUGUUUGCACUAAAAGCUAGCCAGGAGUAAUUGUGUUGUGCUGAAAUGAAAUUCUGAAAACAUACGAAUGUGAAUGUUUAAAAGGCGAACAAUGAGCAGCUGCUUGCACACAUUGUGAUCACUGAAAUGCACUGUCAACCUUCCUGUACCAAACAUCCCUGAGCACUUUGAACAACCACCGCACCAUCACCACCUAGGGGCAGACACUGUGACAUACUCUUUAUGCACCAGAAUUUCAAAUGAAUAUGUUUUUAUUCUGAUUUGUUAAUGGCUGCUGCAGGACUUUUAAAAGUUUCCUCUUUUGGGGAAAAUUGGGCAUUUAGUCCAUAUCGAGUUAAUUAGCAAGCAACAAUAAAAAUUCCUGCCAUAUAUUUAAAUUUACAGGUAUUAGUUAUACUGAAAAUGCUUAUUCUGGAAUGUAUAUGAGCGAUUUUUGGCUAAUUAUUUCUCAGGUUGACAAGUAACAGAUGUACUUCGGUAUUGAUAUCUAAAUUAUGACUGGUAUCUCAUGGAAACAUUCUGAGAAAAAAACAAACUAUUUAGUCCUUCUAGAAGGGAAGAGUCUAUUUGUGGACAAGAGAAAUGUAAGAUCUGAAAGGUGAACCAUCUAGCUUGUCGUGAUGUUAUCAGCCACACAACCUGACAGGAAAUUGGCGUGUUGGCCUAUGUUUCAUGUGCGUUAAGUACUUAUCGCUGGAUUGUAGCAGGCUUUCGUUUUUAACUGACCUAUGCGAUCACUGACCAGUAAUGUCAGAGGUACAUUCCUUGUCUGAAGGCAGUUUCCAUAUUUUUAGGAACCUUCUGCUGACACAGUAAAUCACAAUAGUCUUUUGUGAUUGACUGAGUUGUAGUUCAAGUGGAGCUGCAUGUACCUGUUGAUUAUUGUAAACCAAAAAAAUCAUUGGAAUGUAAUCAAAAAAUUUUUGUUGAUUGAUAAGUGUUAUAUGUUGUCCUCUGACAUAACGCAUGAUUAAUCUGCACUUAAGAAAUCGCCCUCAAAUUCACUAUACAGGUAAUGAAUUUUUUUUCCAAUGUGAUUCUCCUCUCACAUGGAAAAUUGGUUCUGACUUUUGUUUUGGAAAAGUGUAUAACGAAACGUUUGUUCUAGUUACUAAAUAAACCUGUUUAAAUGUA